AUGGCCGCAGUGAGAAAUGUGUGAGUGUUUACCGGUCAAGACGAAGCUUGUUAUCAAUGGAUUUUGCUAGCAAGAAAUGAAUACAAGCUGCAUUUACAAAUGUCGUACAUAAUUCUGUCAAGAUUUGCUGGUCGCACAACUGCCAAUGGUGGUCGCUACUGGCUACGAUUGGUUAAUUGUCGAUGCAGAUGUCAUUUAGGAACUUUAAUUCAUCAAAAUAAAAGUGACAAAGUUCUUUAUAGAUCUACUCAAUGGAUUAAAGGAAAACAUUUCUCCACAAGAAUUUUGCCUAUAACUGGAGUAACCUCUCCUUGGCUUGGUGGACAUCCACUUGCUGUUGGCUGUAAUCAGCAUAAUUAUCUCAUAGAUCCCACGCACGACCCAUUAUUUUUAACCAAUAGAGUAAUUGUUUCCCGCAAUAUUCACACCAGUAAUUUAUUGUGUAAAGAUGAAUCUAAAAUAGAACAGUCUGUGAAGGUUUUGAAAGAGCAGUCCGAAGUGAAGGUGGUGGAUCAAGAGAAGACUGAAGUUGUGAUAAAGAAAUCUCUAUGGCAGAGAAUUGUAGCGGAGUUAAAACAUUAUUACCAUGGUUUUCGAUUACUCUUCAUAGACUUCAAAAUUGCAGCACAACUCUUGUGGGGUGUGCUGAAUGGGAAAUCUCUGACAAGAAGAGAACAUAGACAGCUUGUGAGAACAACAGCUGAUCUCUUUCGACUGGUUCCAUUCCUUGUAUUUCUAAUUGUUCCGUUUAUGGAAUUUCUUUUACCUGUUGCCGUGAAGCUGUUUCCUGCCAUGUUACCAAGUACUUUCACAACAGAAAAUAGAGAACAAGAGAAGCUGAAGAAACAGCUGAAGGUGAAGCUGGAGAUGGCCAAGUUUCUUCAGGACACAAUCCACGAGAGUGCACUGCAGAGCAAGAAGAAGAAACGAGGACAGAUGGUCGAGGAAUUCUCUAACUUCAUGCAUAAGGUUCGCAGUGAGGGAAUUCGUCCGACCAAUAAAGAAAUUCUGAAGUUCUCCAAGUUGUUUGAAGAUGAGAUAACUCUGGAUAACCUGUCACAUGCCCAACUGCAAGCACUGUGUAGAGUGUUGGGCAUACAGCCCAUCGGAACAGAUGCCGUACUUCGCUUUCAGCUCAGGCUUAAACUCAGGCAGUUAAAGGCUGAUGAUACGAUGAUUGACAAAGAGGGAAUUGAUGCUUUGUCAGUGCAAGAACUGCAGGCAGCGUGUCGUGCGCGGGGGAUGCGGGCACUGGGUCUUCCUGAGAACCAGCUGAAGCUGCAGCUUCGAGAGUGGCUCGACCUGCACCUCUACAUGAAGCUGCCCACGUCGAUGUUGCUGCUGUCGCGGGCAUUGUAUAUGUCAGAAACGCUGUCGACCAAGGCACAGCUGGAGGCAGCCAUUUCAUCACUGCCUGACAAAACAACUGAGGAGGCGAAGCUGAAGUUUGCUGAGCUGAGCGGCGAGGCUGUGGACAACAAGGUGAAGCUGGACAUCAUCAAACACGAGCAGGAGGAGAUCCAGAAGGAGGAGGAGGAGCAGAAGAUGGAGGAAAUGGAGGAUGCAAUCAGACACAUAAUUGAGCAGCAGCAGCGAGAAGAGGCUGAAGCAGUGGCCGCCCAGACCGUGAUGGAGAGCAAGGAAACGCCGCAAGAUGAAGCUCUCAUACUGGAGGCCAAACCCACUGAAGAAUUGAAGGAUAUCCCUGCUGAUGAGGAGAUCACAGCCAAAGAAUUGGAGGACAUUGAGGUGGUGUUGGAGGAAAUAGCUGAACAGAAGAAACUGAACAUAGAGAAGAGCGAACUGCAAGACUUGAAAGAGGAAGUUGCAGAGUACCACGAGGACCUGGAAGACCUGAAGGAGGUGAUCGUGUCAUCGGAAGGUCGGCUGGAGGAGCUGGAACAGUCGAAGGCUGCCAAGCGUCUGAUCAAGCACGUGGGCAAGAUGAUCAACGAGGUUGACGAGAUCAUCGCACACCUGCACCGCGACAAGGACAAGGUCAAAGAGGAGAUCGAGGUGAAGGAGGUGCGGAUGAGGUGGAGUGAGGAGCUCAAGAAGGACAAGGAGAAGAUGGAGGCCAUGAUGGACGAGAUCGACAAGGGGAAAGAUAAUAUCAUAGACAUCAAUGAAAUGGUGCUGGCACUAAAACGUCUUCAGAAAGUACCCAAUGAGACUCGACUACAGCAGAUUCUGGAGGUUCUCGAUGAAGACAGGGAUGGAAAUAUUGAUAUCAGCCACGUUCUCAAGGUGAUUGAGCUCCUUGGGCGAGAAAACAUUAAACUAAACAAAUCUCAAAUCUCUCAAAUGACAGAACUGCUAAAGCGUGAAAUGGAGAUACAAGAAGCGGAGAAAAAGAAAGAGAAAGAAGAAAAGGAACGUGACAAAGAGGAAAAAGAACACAAGAAACAACAAGAAGCAAAAGGAUAGUGUACAGAUAUUAGGAUUAUUCCAUACCAAAACCUCAAACGUAUAAAUAAAGACCUGGACAAAUCUGACAGACUAGUGGUGAAAUACAUAAAGAUGCAGAAGCUCUAAAAUAUCUGUUUACAAUGAACCAGUGAAAAUGUCCAUACCUGUAUUUUCAUUCUUCUUACCUAUGAUAUUUAUAGGCUGAAGUAUACAUAUGCAAGUUGUUCACUUUAAAUGUGUGUAGGCAAAUACAUAACACUAUUCCAGAAACGGAUCGAGAUUUGACCAUUAACACACAAAAAAGUAUUUCUUAAAAGGACAUUAAAAUUAAAAGUGAUUUGUUAUGAAAGCAUUGUUAUAAAAAUAUAUGUAUCUUGUGAUAAAACGUUUGAAUCGUAUUAAAAAUUGACUUUCCUAAUUUCUAACAUUCAUGAACUAACAAAAAACAAUUACUUUAACACACUGUGUGAAUGGCAUAGCUUAUUGUGUUCUGUAUGACUGACUGGUUUGCUUUUUUAGGGUCUUCCCCACCCCACCACCUCUUUUAUUUCGCAAAUAAAAAAAAGGGGGAAAAACUCUUUCAUAUGUUACUAAAACUGCUAAAUAAUUAGUUGGCUUUAUUAAGCUCACGGCUAAAUGUAUAAUUUUGGAUAUGAUUGUAAUCAUAUACUUAAUUCAUUUCUGUUGAAAGAAGGGCAUUAUGGAGAUAUAUUUUGAAAGGGAGAUUCUUAAACCACAUGAUUUAUAAUAAUACAAAAAUUAAUUUUAAGAAUUAAAAUGUUACUAUAGUUCAACCAUUACAUUUUCAGUUCAUAUAAAGUGUUUUUCAGUUAAAAUCAAAAUGUUGUUUGAGUGACAGGUCUGAAGUUAGCAUGACCUCAUUUUAAUUGCCAUAGUUCACUGUGAGAAUUACAGGUAAGUGGAAUCACAUUCUACCAUUCCAACCAGAGGCCAUUGAUUCACUAUUUAGUUUUCAAAUGAAACUGAAUCAGGAGUCAAAUCAACUGUGUGAAUUAGAGCUAGGCGGUAUACCGUAUAUACCAUUCAGUAUCGGUAGCAUGUCGGUACCAAUUUACCGUACCGAGCUAAUUUCAAAAUAACGAAAUUUUGGGAUUAAAAAAUGUUAUCCGCCAUUUAGUAGAGCACUAACAUUAUAUCUGAUGAACACAAAUUAGCAGUUGAGACUUUAACUCGGGCAUGCAUUUAAAGCUGAGUAGCUCAAUAUUGUUAUCGGUAUUGUAUAAAUACCAAAUACCAUACCGAUAUCAAGGUAAAUCUCCCAGAAACUACCAAUAUUGAUACCAAACCUGAAAUUUCAAUACCACCCAGCUCUAGUGUGAAUAUAGAUAAUAGCUUACAGUGAUUAAUUAAAUAUUUUUAUCCAGUUUUCACUUUGUUUCAUUAGUUUCGUCAUUUAGCAGCAAAGGGAAAAGACAACAAGGCACAAAUUAGAUGCAUAUAUAUUACUUGAGCAGCGUUCUCAUUAUGCAAUUGGUCUCACCAACUUGUCACAUGUGAUUUAUUGGCCUUACAAAAAUUGGAAUGUAUAAGACUAAAGUUGUUCCGAUUGAGGUGUUCUCACAGUACAAUUUGAUUGCAUGCGACAAGUCUGUGUGACUAAUUGCAUAAUGAUAAUGCCCCUUAAGGAGUGGCAGGGUUUCGGUAUGUUAGAGUUUGUGUCAUGUUGAAUUUAUCAAAUACCCUGCAAAGCAAAUAUGCCAUUUAAAAUAGGAAAGAACUUAAGACAAUCUAUUUUUGUGAACAUAGUUAUACAUUCUUCGUACAAGUUAGGUGACAAGUUAGUGCAAAAAUAUUUGUCAGAAAUAAUGUAGAUUCAUGAUCAAGUAGGGUUGCCUUUUCAGACUGGAAAAUGCAGUAAAUGCAAUCAUUAACGUCAUUGAGUUACACAUCAUUUUCUGAAAAAAUUUUGAAUUGGUGUUUAUGAAAUUUACAUUAUAAAACCAUGGUAUUAAUGUACAGUAUUGGGAUAUGCAAUAACUUAGUAGUCCUAAUGUUCUCUUUAAUACAUCGAAGCCAGGAGAUGGAGAUCUGCACUUUUUCUGAAGUGUCUGUCAAGAAUUGGAAUUAAAACAGUUCCAGCAUAGUUAAAACAUGGUGAAAUAUGAUUGUCAUUUUAAAUUCCAUUACUGUGUGUGAAUGAUAUUUUUCUGUUUCGUUUUUGUGUUGCAAUAUAUAUUAUUAUUAUGUAGAUACAUACAUACAAAUAUACAGUACAGUUGUAUAUAUAUAUAUAUUUACAGUUCACUGUUCUGUCAGUAUACUCUGAAAAAACCCUCUGAAUUUUGUUACAUUUAAAAAAUAUGAACAAUACUAGGUCUCUUUUGAGUUCCAGUUCUACACUGAUUUCAUAUAUAAAGCUUUUCUAUAUGUAGACCAAUAAAUAUGAUUGUGACUUCUAUUAAAGGAGCUUGUUGGUAGCACCCAUUUGAAGUUAUCAUAAAGCUUGCCAUGUAUAUUUGUAGAUAUAUUUGAAAGAUGCAAGUAAACAUCUGGAAAGUGAAA